GAUUGCACUUGCACUUUGGAUUGCUUUGGAUAUUUGAAUGAUAAGGAAAAGUCUUCACGUAAAAUUUGAAAAGUAGAAAAUUGUCAAAACAAAAAAAGAAAAAAGUGAAAUAGUAAUACAGCGAUAAUUAGAGAGAAAUUGACCGUGUGUAGAAAUAGUUGGAAGAGUUGCGGCGCAAAGUGUAUUCUUAAAGAAUUGAACACGUAAAAUAUGCAGCAGCAACAAUUUUAUAGCUCCUGUAUUAAAAUAAACGGAAUACCUCUUCUUUCACCGUUGAUGACUGACAGCAUCAAAGAAGAAAUGAGACAUUAUAGAGCUUUGGCAAUUAAAGUAGAAGAAAAAUUCAGAGAUAGGAAACUUGUUAAACGCAGUAUUAAAGAUAAGUGCGUACAAGCUGAUGUAAUAGAAACAAUAGAUCAAUUAAAAAAUAUCAAAUAUGAUUCAGACAGUGAUUUAUCCAAUCAUGAUACUACGAGCGAUACCAAUAAUAGUGACUCGCAUUCUAGAACGACUAUUGUUGAACCAGUGCCAAUGAUGCAAGUUAUUGGAGAAACAAGAGACAAAUAUGAUAAUCAGUCUGCUGCGUCAGAUGUGGAACAUUCGCAAUUUCAAGUUUGUUUAACAGAUAAUAUUGUUAUUGAUACAAAACCUGCAAUUGCAAAAACUGAUCAAAGUGAAUACAUUAAUGCAACAGAAACGCCAACAGCGAAUGAAGAUGUAUCAUCAGAAAGUAAACCCAAAGUUCCAAACACACUGAAUAUAGUUCCAAUAGUAUUAAGUAAUGAAGAGGACAAUAUUGGUGCAGUGACUUUCAAGGAGAAUGAGAGCCCACCUAAAUUAUCGCGUCAAGGUUCUUACAUAUUGGAUACACCCAGUCCUAUGUUGCUCGCUCAUAUGCAUACAGAAUUGAGUGAUAAGAAUUAUGUGCCCACACCUACCAGUAAUAUAUCACGACGAAAACAAUGGAACAUGGCACAGCCUAAAAUAAAGUGGGAAAAUAAGCAACUUAUAGCAGAGGACACCAAACAAGCCUCAAACAAAUUAGAAUGCACAACAGAUGAAUCAACUUUUCAUCACUCAGAAUUUGAUACUUUAGCAGAAUCAUAUCAAGUAGAUCAAUCUGCUAAUAGUACCAAAACAGAAGUUGCUGAAGAACAUGUAUGUAAAUUCAAUAUUACAUCAACUAAAUACAGUGAUAUAUCUGAUACAAGUCUUACGAAACAAAGUUCCUUAGAAAAAUUAGAAAAAGAUAGUGGUACUUGUGUAUCAAAGUUACCAAAUGAAAAACCUGUAGAAGAUACAAAUGGUAAUAAAUCUGAAUUGUCUUACGUAGAUAAAAACAAGGAUCGUGAUAAAAUGGAAGAUACCAAAGAACAUCAAAAUUUAGUAGUCAAAACAAAGUCAUCUAUUACACCAGAAAAACUUUUGACAGUCUACAAAGAGAUUGAAGAAAUGCAUAAGAAACAAAUGAUGGAGCUGAUAUAUCGCCAACAAAAGGAACAAUUUUUGCUACAAGCAGAAUUCCAGAAACAACAAAUGCUUUUAUUAGCUGAAAUAGAAAAGUGUUCUUCCAAUAUAUCGUAUGAAGUAAAUGCAUCAUCAAAUGUUACAUCAAAUCAAUUAUCAAUAAACAAUAAAGAAAGACUAGGAAACAUCAUUAGCGAAACGGGACAGGAAUUAAAUGUAAACUCUGCUAGCAAUUUAAAUGAGGAAGCACAUUAUAAUAAUAAAUCAUCACCAAUGAAGCAUACAAAUGUCAUUGUAUGUCCGCUAGAUUAUAUUUCUUCCAAAAAUUUAUACUUAUUUAAACACUAUAAACCUCCUUUUUUUAUUACGGACACUUCUCCAGCAACUUCUGAUUACGAUUUUACGAGAGAAGUAACUUCACGCAAUACUACAUGUAAUAAUAAUAAUAAUAAUAAUGAUGAUGACGAUGACAGCAAUUGCAAAAUGCAUAAUCAUAUUGUAUAUAAGAAUUCAAAUGUGAAUCGGCAGUUGUUUCCCUUAAAUAGUAAUACUACACAUGUCCCAGUACUAGAUACUUCAGUAUACCUCGAUAAACAUAUACAGGCAGUAAAUAUUAUUAAUGCUUAUACACGAGGUUAUUUAGUGCGAAGAUUAAUGCGAACCGAACGCGUGAUUACAUUAAAAAAAAUAUAUAAAGAGGCAUUACAAUGUAUGCUUAAGUUGCACGUUGACGCACCUUUAAAUUUAGCGGAAGUAGAUUUUCUUCAUCGUCUCCAAUUGCAGUGUGAUGCGGCAUCUAUGAAUAUAGUGGAUUUAUUUGCCCAGUCCCCGAUGAAGAAAAUGAAAGUAAUAGCGCGAGAUUGCGAAAUUAAGCAAUCUCGAACGGAACGUCCGACUUCGUCUCGAUCGUAUUCAUUCGCCACCCAAAAGACUUUGGCCAGAAGAAAUCUGAAGGAAUUCGAAUCCACAAUGACGAAGUAUCAGCGACCGUUGGUCGUUAAAAAAAAUAUCGUUAGAUCAAGGUGUCAAACUUGGACGUCGGAUAUAAGAGACAGACUUAUGUCACCAAAUACGUUGUAUCAAGGUAUCAGAAGAAGUACUAGCGCCGGAACUGUUCGGAAGCCCUGGCGAUGAUGAGAAAGAGUGCCUUGCGAUAUUAAGCGAUACAUCAAUCUUACUAUUAAAAAGCGGAAUUACAUACAUGUGCGGCUCUCUUAAACUGACAAUUUAAUUAUUUCUAGCGCCUCGCGCGCGUUAGCUAUUCCUGCCUUAAAAAGCGCACUAUAGUGCCUAAUUUUCCGAUAUAUUUAUUUUUUAUUAUUGUCAUUUCUUGACUGACGUAAUAUUUAUCUGUGAUACGUGUAUAUCCAAUAUAUUGCUUCCAACUUUAUAUUUAUUGAAGCUAAAGCAGAGAUUUAUUAUUAUGCGAGAAGACCUCAAA